UGAUGUUAGUCAUAUUCAAUAUCGUCCAGUGGUAUUGUCUUUCCAAUACAACCAUAUCCGGACUCACCAGCGUUGCUAUCAAUCACGCGUUUAGUUUUCCUUGCGCAGAAAUUAUUUGUUACAUAAAUCGUGUACACGGAUGUACGUUCACGAUGCAUAUAUAAUUUAGAUAGUGUAAAGUCGGGAUUAAGAGAAAAUGAACGCUCCAAGACAACGUCUACGGAAGUUGAACCUUGAGCGUAUUGAGUUCCGGUCAGACUUUCACAAGUACCGGAAGGUGUUUCGGGCGGUCCUAGCACGGACGCUGCUCAUUGGGCACGCAUGCGUGUCAGUGUAUACCGCGGCUAAAGUUGACGCGAGAUACAAUGGGAUAUAUGCGCUCUGCAUACCGCUGUUCUUUCUCGAGACAGCCACCGUAUUGUAUUUCCGGUACGGAUGCGAAUGGAAAAGAAUAUGCACUGCUUUUGUCAGUUACCUGCUGACAAUGAUUCCUGUCCUCUGGAUUUUACGUCUCAACGACAUUUCUGUCGCUAUGACCAGCCCGGCUCAAAACGUCACCGGAAAUCAACUGAACACUUCCGCACCGCAGCAGAGUUUUGAUGUCACUUUGUUCGGUAAUAAGUCGAUGUUCGCUGACGUGUUCCGUGGUGAGCGGCUAACGUCUCUGCUAGAGCAGUCAAUGAUGAUUCUACUUAUCAUUUGCCGGUGGCUGCUACCCCGCGGCCGCAUAGACCGGAAUUCCCUCUCCCAGCUGCUCAUCAUGUACUCGGCCAUCAGCGCGGACAUACUGGACUUCUCGGACACAGUGACCAGGGAUGAGGUGAUGCGCCACCCAUUUUUUAGAUACGGCGUCCUCGGAGUCUGGUCGCUCAGUCUAGUCCAGUUUGUUGUCGUCAUUACCACUGCGUUUACAUUCCGCCGAAAACAGCGACUUCCGGUUCUAGGUACUGACGCAGGGCGCGGGGACGACGGCUCGGAGGACAAGUCGGAAGUGUUGUCCAUCCUGAUGGUGUUCUUCAUGCAGGACGGACCUUUCCUUGUUGCGCGCGUCUACAUGGUCUACCUGGGUGUCGUCGACUACAUGAUUCUUUUCUUCACGCUCAAGAACCUAUUGACACUUGUGCUGGGCCUGUACCGGUUCUGCGUGCUGUGCGGCUGCGUUGCGAACGAGGGGAACGACCUGCUCCGGAAGUCAGAGAUCGCACGCUCCAUGGAAUCCCUCGACACUCUGGACGACUGGGGGACAAAUCGCAAGAAUAAACAACGGCCCAUCAAGAAUGCAAAGCCUGUCAAACCAGACAAACACAACAAGCACCAACGAUUUUGAGAGCGGGCGAUCCAAUGCAUAUACUCACACGAAAUGCUCGUUUAUUUAGCUGGGUGCGUCUAGUUACGUGUUUCGGAGUCUACACAUUACUCCUGUUGGCAGAUUAGAUAGGAACUCGGUUCGAAAGCACUUCUAUUGAUGAUGAUUCGCAUGCUCUUGCUCCCUAAUUGAAGAGACAAUUAUCAGAAGCUAGACAAAGUUAAGAUAUGUUGUAACGAUAUUUUACCACCAUAACCAUGUUUCUUCUCUACUAUUUGUGGGCAUUAUUUUAUUCUAUCUAUGAUAUUAUUAAUUGUUUUUUGCUUUAUUUUGCUUUUUAAUCAUUGUUUCAAAAUACAAAUAUAUUCAUUUGAUGUUA